AUGAGACUAUAUCGCUUGUUACAACAAUACCAAGGUCCACUAUUACUACUUAUAACUGCUUGUCUAAUUGGCAAAACUACUGCAUUUACCAUUUUCACAACCACAGAUUCCGAUUCCAAUUCCGAUUCUAACCAAUGUUCAUUCCCAGCAAAGGCUCAUUUAAACUAUUGUUCCUAUAUUGAACAAAAUUGUGAUUCUUCCUACUUUAGAAUCUCACAACUAUACUACUGUCAGUGGCACAAUAUCGCUUCAUUAAUAUUCAUAUCAUCAACAAUCAUAUUCACCCUAUGUUUAAUCUUGUUAUCGUUAAGCAUCCUCGUUUCCAACUACUUGUUUCGCAAUUUGAAUGAAUUGACUAUGAAAUUGGGUUUGAAUAAUCAAAUUUUGAGUUUUAUCUUGAUCCCAUUGACCAAUUCCAUUGCUGAUUUGAUCAAUUAUCAUGUUGCUUUCGAACAAGGAAGUUCAAAUCUAGUUAUUGGGCAACUAAUGGGGAGCAUUUUGAUCAUGUUUACCAUCAUUAUUGGCACCAUUGCCAUUUUAACCACGGGGUAUAGGGUUGAACACCCCAAAAUAUUGAUUAUUGAUUUGGGCUGGAUCUUGGCCGUGCUUGUUCUUUUCGCGUAUGUUUUAUCCGAUGGCAGAAUUAACCAAUUGGAAUGCAUCAUUAUGUGUUUGGUGUAUGUGGGGUACAUUGUGUUUCUUAGUAUAUUUGAUAAGGAGAAAUUACGCGAUUAUGAUGAAGAGCUAUUGAUUGAACACUACCAUGAAGAUGGUGGUAGUUGUGCAGGUGGUGACGAUGCUUAUGAUGAUGAUUAUGGAUGUCAUCAUAUCCUUGAACAACCGUAUAAUGUUGAAGAUGCAUUGGAUAUUAUAUCUAAUGACGAGCAUAGUUAUGGAUCGGUCAAGAGUGUUUCGAGGAGUGGGACUCCCAGAAACUCACCAAGGAGUUCCCCAUGUCCAAGUCCAAUGCCAACACCAAGUGCAUUGGUUUCACGAGCUGCAUCACCUUGCCUUACUAGCCCAUUAUCAUCACCAACUCCAAUAUAUCCGUCACAACAACAGAAUCACACUUUACCAGAUAUUGAGACCGUCGAAGAACAAGAAGAAGGGGGAGCGAGAGAUGUAAGAAAAGAUAACAGCAAAGGGGAUGACGCUGCUGAUAAAGUUGUCGACUAUCUAUCAGUACAUUAUAUCCCCAAAGAUCAUUAUGCAGUUUCUCCUCAUCCGUCAUUGCCUCAUUCAAUUUCAAGACAAUCACUGCACCACCUGUAUCCGCAUCUGCUUCAGCACCUGCAUCUGCAUCCACCAGCACUACCUAAACGAAUAGCAACCACUGCAUUCCAAUACAUUUGCAAUUGUAUUGACUUUAUCUUGAUUUUCCUAGUUCCUUUCCAUCGAUGUAUUGAAUUGGAAGAUUCUCAAUGGAAAGCUCACUUGCGCCAAAACAAAUACCUCCUCAUUUGGUACUUGUUUGAAGUGCCGCUACUUUUCAACUACCAAUUUUGCCAAAUGCGAUUGCCAAUCUUGAUCCCCAUUAUAACUAUAUCAGUUCCAAUUGUACUAUACAUAAAACGUUGUAUCAAUAAAAAUACCAAAAUCAUCAUCAUUUCCAUAUUUGGUACCUUAAACAGUUUAAUUGUUAUUUCAAAUAUCUCAAUCUACAUCUUACAAAUCCUCAAGAACCUCGGCUUGAUUUGGAAAAUCUCCGAUUACAUAUUGGGAUUACUUGUGUUUUCCAUAAGUAAUUCUAUAAACGAUGUUAUCACCAAUAUAACAUUGGCAACAAAGAUUAACCCCAUAUUGGGGAUAAACUCAUGCUUGGGCACUCCUUUAUUGAUCAUUUUAUUGGGAGUCGGGUUUAAUGGGUUAUUAGUUAUCCAGAAACAAGGCGGCAAUGCGAUAAAAUUUGAUUUGAAACCAAGUGUAAUUCUAAGUACUACGGCAUUGAUUGUUACUGUAACUUUCAUCUUGAUUUAUUUACCGGCAAAGAAAUGGAAAUUUGACCGGACUUUGGGUGUAUGUUUGGUUAGUUGGUAUUUGUUAGUUGCACUGGUCAAUUUAUACUUGGAAUAG